AGACACUGAUGAAGACACAUUCAGAACAGGCACAGAACAUUAGCUUUAAUAUCUUUCUAAAAUAGAGUUGGUGUAAAUAUCUGUGAGAGUGAACUCAGGAUGAAGAGCCUCCUCAUCUUCACCUUCUGUCUGAUCUCAGAUGGAGGAGCCUCAAAUGAAGUAACAGGAUAUUCAGGAGGAGGAAUCCUUAUCAAGUGCAAGUAUGGUGCAAAGGUCACACAAAGGCCAAAAUAUUUCUGUAAGGGUUCAAUGCGAGACUGUUCUGACCAAAUAAAGACAGAAAAUGAAAACCAGUGGGUCAAUUCAGGAAGAUUUUCACUGUUUGAUGACACCAAAUCAUCAGAGUUCUGGGUGAUGAUAAGAGAGCUCACUGUACAGGACACUGGGACGUACCACUGUGGAGUUAAUGUAACUUCAGGGAAUGACAUUAAGACAUCAGUGAACCUGAACGUAAAGGAAGAUCUGUCCUAUGGGAAGUCCAUCAGUAAGACUGUCCAUGCAGGAGGAGAUUUGAAUGUCAGCUGUAAAUACCCAGAAUCCCUCAAGAGUCACCCUAAAUUUGUCUGCAGGAGGCUGCAAACUGCUGCUUGUUCUUAUAAUACAUCUGUUAAAGGAAGUACAAAAUAUGUAAAAACUGGGAAAAUAUCUCUGUAUGAUGACAAAGAAAAACAAAUCUUCAGUGUGAGUAUUAGAGAUGCAACUGAGCAGGACUCUGGUGAAUACUGGUGUGGAGCUGAAGUACCUUGGAGAUCUGAUCAUGGAUACAAGGUUUAUUUCACACGAAUCGACCUGACAGUCACUGGAUUUCCAGCUUCCACUGUGAUCACUGUGACUGUAAUUCUGCUGCUGCUUCUGAUUGGAACCAUAAUCCUCAUUCUGACUCUACAAAACAGACACAAGAUGCAAGCAGGCACAACUUUCCAAAAUUCAGGAAAUGGCCAGGAGGUUCCUCUUGAUGUUCAUGAAUAUGAGGAGAUUAAAAUCACCAGACGACUUUCUGCCUCAAACGCUGAAAUGUCCACAGUUUACGUCACUGCUCAACUACCCACAAUCUCCUCUGAUCAUCACAAUGCUUAUGUAAAGAGAGGUUUACCCACAAACCCCUGUGAUUCAUCUGUUUAUUCUUCUGCUCAACUGUCCACAAUCCCCUCUGACCAGAACAUCUACUCCAAAGCUCAGUUACCUACAUGUCUCUGAAGCAUGUCUCAGUGCUCAGUGCUCGACUAACUGAAACACACUGGAAAUAUAUUAUAGUUUAUAAAUUGUAUAGUAAUAUAAUAAGUUUUUUUUACACUUUUAUUUUUAAUGAUCAUGCUGACUGAUAAAGCACAUUUGUGUAUAUUAUUACUCUGUUAUGAGAUAUUUACAUUAACUUUUACUGCAUUUGGCAACCACCUUUAUCCAAAGCAACGUAUAAAAGUGCUUUUAAGCCUCUAUCAAUAAAUACAUUAACAAUGGCUCACUAGGUUACAGAGUUUGGAUACCAUCAACCUAAAUCUCUAUUCAAGUUUUUUUAAUAUGCACAUACAACAAACAGGGAAGUGAUAGUUCAUAUCAUAAAAAGUGCUAGAUCAAGAACAUUAUUGAUAUUUAAUAAAUCUUUCAGUGACGAACUAAUGUAAAAUAAAUAAAAUAAAUAAUAAAUAAAUAAUAAAAAAACACAUUGUGUUGUUUCUAAGUAACAUAGAAAGUGUGAGGUCUUUAUUUAAACCAUUACAUAUAAAAUGAAUACUUUGACUUAAGACUCCUAUAGAUCAGGAGCAGAAGAGCAGAGGUGACUGUGCCUUAGCGCAGUAGCGGCCCCAAAACUUUGGAAUAAUUUGCCUUUGUACAUUAGGCAGGCACCUUCACUGGCUGUUUUUAAAUCACAUUUAAAAACAUAUUUGUAUAGUGCAGCAUACAACGCAGUAUGAGAGUUACCUGUUAGGAGUUCUUUUUAAGUGUGUGUUACUAAUUAUUAUUGUAU